GGUAACGACCGGGCUUUGUGAUUCGUGGCAAAUUAGGAAUCUACAUAUAUUCGCGAACGAUCGACUCCUGCUGUUGAUCAACGAACAAGGAACCCUACUACAUCUACAUAUAUUCGCGAGAUGAGAAUCACCGGCGCCGCACCGUGAGCCGUGAUGGCGGCCGCACCGACCAACUCUUGGUGUGGCGAAGACCGCCUGAGCGACCUCCCGGAGGACGUCCUCGGCAUCAUCCUCUCCUACCUCCCCACAAAAGAGGCCGCCCGCGCCGCCGUGCUCCGCAGGAGCUGGCGCCACUCCUUGGCCGCCGUCGACGCCAUGUCCUUCAUCCAGGACGAGGCCCACGACAAGAACGACCCCAGCUUUACCGCGCAAUCCCAGGAGAAGCGCAGCAAGAAUGGGGACUUCAUCGACGAGGUCAACGCCGCGCUCCUCUGCCGCCGCCGCUGCGGCGCCGGCACGGCGCCGCGCGCCUUCCGCGUCAACUUCGGCUGCUACACGCGCUGGGACUCUGCCAUGCUGAACCGGUGGCUCUACCACGUGCUGAAACGCAGCAGCAAGGUGCUCCACCUCGACGUGCGCCUCCAGCACACCGACCUCGCCGAGCACCACGUCAAGGAACCCUACAAUGGCGAAGGCGACGGAGAUUGCGACCACCCCCGCGCCAACGACCCGACGACAGGUGCCCCGCGAGCUACUCCUAUCAGUCCUGCCGCGCAGAUGAGUAUGCGCUUCCACGAUGCCUCUUCUCGUGCGUCGUCGUACGUACGCUCUGUCUCGGCGCCUGCACGUUGGAGCCGCCCGAGCGCAUCGAGCUGCCUUUCCUCGAGACGCUGUUCCUAAGCACCAUCAGGAGCACCGGCGGAAACAUCCAACGCCUCAUCUCCGGUUGCCCGCGCCUCGUCGACCUCACCCUCGAGAGGUGCGGCUGCACAAACAAAAGUCACAACGACCCUCUUCCCGACAAAAAUUUCACCAUCGCUGUCCUGGAUAAGCAUCUUCGCAGAUUCUCCCUAAGGUGCUGCCACAACCUGGUCCGAGCGAGCAUUGAUGCGUCAGAGCUGAGGACGUUCGAGUACAGGGGAGACGUGCCAUCGGAGUCGCUCCUUACACUCCACGGAGCGCACAAGAUCUCUUCGUGCACCAUCGGUUUCUGCGGCAGGAAAGUUUACAAGGGGGAGUUGCCCCUGCUCAGAUGCUUCCUCGAGCAGUUUACCGGCACAAGACAUCUGCAUCUCGUGUCUACUUAUCUCGGUUCAGCGUCAAGGCGGCGACUAGGAUACUUGAAGUUGCUCCAAGCAUUGUGAUUUUGUCUCUAUUCAUGAAGCCAGGUUAUGAGGACAGAUUUCACACCGAAUACUUCUGGAGGCAACAGCAAGAGCUCAUUAGUGAACCGGCUCUAGAUGUUUCGAUCCCGUGCUUGCGAAAUCGGCUGAGGAGUAUCAACCUCGUGCACUACCAGGGCGACGACCGACACAAAUAUCUAGCCAACCUGCUGCUUUGUAAUGCGAUGGUUCUAGAACAAGUGUGUGUUGCCUUUCCAAGGGGUGAACAUAAGUUGCAGACUAGACUCAAGAAGGAAAUCGAAGGAUGGAUUGAUUGGUGAAUAAAUCAGCAAAGGUGAUAUUCUUGUAAUGAAGUUAUAUAAGUGUCAAACCCAAGCUCAUUUUCUCUUAGAAGGCGAGAAUUUAGCUUUGUGUAUCCUCAAUUUGAUUUGGUGGCCGAUGUAAAAACAUAAUCGCAUGGAAGCUAUUGGAGUGGAAGAGGAUAGACCUCAUGAGAGCCAUCGAGUAGCAUCUCUAAAUUUCAAAAUGAAACUAGCAAUUUGGUAGAUAUCGCCAUCAGAACUUCGCAAAGCAACCUAUGAUGGUUCUAUGUCAUGGCGUUGU